AUGGCAAAAAAACAUGAGGAUAUUGUUUCUCUCUUCACUUUUGUUGCUAAUCUUAUAAAUAUAGUUGGUGGUUCAUGUAAACGUUGUGAUAUUCUUCGAGAGAAGCAAGCUUCUAUAGUUACCGAGGCACUUAACAAUGGUGAGCUUUCAAGUGGGCAAGGCCUAAAUCAAAACACUUCUCUUAAACGAGCUAGUGAUACACGUUGGGGUUCACAUUAUGACACUUUGAUUAGCGUGACUAUUAUGUUUUCAGCUAUUGUUACUGUACUUGAGACACUUGCAGAGGAUGGGUCAUCAGAAAAAAAGUUUGAAGUAAAUCUUUUAUUGGAAUUUAUACAAUCCUUUAACUUCAUAUUUUGUUUGCAUUUGAUGAGAGCUGUUUUGGGAAUUACAAAUGAUUUGUCAAAGGCACUUCAAAGGAAAGAUCAAGAUAUUAUGGUUGCUAUGUCCUUGGUCAAAUUAAGUAAGGUCCAAUUACAAAGGAUGAGGGAAAGUGGAUGGGAUUCUUUACUCAACGAAGUUUCUUCUUUUUGUGUGAAACAUAACAUUCCUAUUCCUAAUAUGGAUGAUACAUUUCUACCUCGAGGAAGACUACGAUGUAAAGCUCAUGACAAGUCGAACUUGCAUCAUUAUCGUGUUGAUUUGUUUUAUUCCAUCAUAGAUAUGCAACUUCAAGAGUUAACUAGUCGUUUUUCUGAAAUGAGUUCCGAGUCGUUGCUUUAUGUGGCUUGCUUGUGUCCGGAUGAUUCAUUUUGUGCUUUUGAAAAGCAAAAACUAAUCCGCCUUGCUCAAAUUUAUCCAAAAGAAUUUUCUUCACAUGCUCUCACGAGACUUAGUGAUCAACUUGAGAAUUAUAUUGCGGAUAUGCGUUCUAAUUGCAAGUUUGAAGGAUUAAAAGGGAUUGGUGACCUUGCAAAAAAAAUGGUGGAAACCAAAAGAGACAAGGUACAUUCACUAGUUUAUUUGCUUGUGACAUUAGCAUUGAUCCUACCAGUUGCAACUGCUAGUGUAGAGAGGGCAUUUUCUGCUAUGAAUAUCGUAAAGAACCGAUUGCGCAACAAAAUGGGAGAUGAAUGGAUGAGUGAUAGCUUGAUAGUAUAUAUUGAAAAGGAGAUAUCUAGUGGCAUAGAUAAUGAAGUUAUCAUACAACGUUUUCAAAAUAUGAAAAGUCGUUGGGGACAAUUGUGA